CUGUCACUGGACACAGCAUUAUUACACUCAAUACAGGGAUACCUGUCACUGGACAGACACCUCCUGCCUGCAGAGCAGUAUCUCCCUCCUUUGCACUCCAUCACUGAUACAUUGAUUUUAGGCAAAGCACUGCAUUCACUUAUUUUAAUGUAUGUAUUAGCAAUUCACUGGCUGGUUUGAACAACCGCAUUAUUUGCCCCUGAGCUCGAUUUAUAUUACUCUAGUGCUGUUGCUGCGGUUUGUUCAUCCAGUGAGUAUUUGUCUGGGAUUAAAGGGAUAUAUUUCUGCCGCCUGUUACUGCCUGUCACCAGACCUGUCAAGAUGUGGACCUUUCUUGGGGUGGCCACCUUCACCUAUGUGUAUAAGAAAUGUGAUGAGCUCCUGAGCUCCCCACGUCUGGAGCUCAUCCUGGGAGCUCUGCUAUGCUGCACGCUGGGCCUAGUACUGUCUGUGCUGCGGUACCGGGGCCGCUUGGGGUCCAAGAAACAAGGGGAGGCCAAUGGUAUCAUCUCCAAGUUCUUCAACAGGAAUGGACCAACGCAUCAAGGAGACCGGGGGCCACGAGGGGCCAGAAAGAUCAAAACGGAAAACAAUCUGCUUGGCUCCACUAUGGAAACGGAUGGAGUAACCACUCGCUUUUCAACAUCUUGCGAUGAACCUGAGGUUAUUGUUGUGGGCUCUGGCGUUCUUGGCUCUGCAUUAGCUGCCGUGUUGUCUAGAGAUGGAAGAAGGGUUGCAGUAAUUGAAAGAGACUUAAAAGAACCAGAUCGUAUAGUAGGAGAACUACUUCAGCCAGGAGGAUAUCAAGCUUUAAGAGACCUCGGUCUUGGUGAUGCCGUGGAAGGGUUAGAUGCUCAUGUGGUACAUGGAUAUGUUGUCCAUGAUAUUGAAAGUAAAGCAGAGGUGGAGAUUCCUUACCCCAAGAAUAAAGACAAUCAGCUGCAGUGUGGGAGAGCCUUUCAUCAUGGACGCUUUAUCAUGGGUCUCCGAAAAAUAGCUAUGGCCGAGCCCAACACUAGAUACAUUGAAGGGACAGUGAUGCAACUACUUGAAGACGACAACACGGUCCUAGGAGUACAAUACAGAGACAAAGAAACAGGGGACGUCAAGGAGCUCCGUGCACCGUUGACAGUUGUAGCUGAUGGGCUUUUUUCCAAAUUUAGAAAAGAUCUUGUUUCUGGUCAUGUCACUGUAUCCUCUCAUUUUGUUGGUUGCAUUUUGAAGAACUCCCCGCAGUUUAAAGCAAAUCAUGCAGAACUGGUUCUGGCAAACCCAAGUCUCGUGCUCAUCUACCAGAUUUCGUCCACCGAGACACGAGUUCUUGUUGACAUCAGAGGCGAUAUGCCAAAGAACCUCAAAGAGUAUAUGGUGGAAAAGAUUCUCCCUCAGCUUCCAGAUCAUUUGAAAGAACCAUUCCUGUUUGCUGUGGAAAAUGAUCGACUUAGGGCAAUGCCAGCUAGCUUUCUACCACCGUCACCAGUGAACAAAAAAGGAGUUUUACUUUUGGGAGACGCCUACAACAUGAGACACCCACUGACAGGCGGUGGGAUGAGCGUGGUCCUGAAUGAUAUAAAGAUUUGGAGAGAUUUACUUCAGAGCCUGCCGGACCUUGGUGAACAUUCAGAUGUGCUCAAGGCCAAGAAGACAUUUUAUUGGUCUAGGAAGAAGUCCCAUUCCUUUGUGGUCAAUGUCCUGGCCCAGGCUCUGUACGAACUUUUUGCUGCUUCAGAUAACUCCACGUAUCAGCUGAGAAAAGCCUGCUUUAAUUAUUUUAAGCUUGGAGGAGAAUGUGUUGCUGGUCCUAUAGGACUAUUGUCUGUGAUGUCUCCGAAACCCUCACUACUCAUUGGCCACUUCUUUGCGGUUGCAUUUUAUGCUGUUUAUUUCUGCUUCAAAGCCGAGCCCUGGCUAACAAAGCCACGUGCGUUUGUCAAUAGUACUGCCCUCUUGUACAGAGCUUGUUUAGUGAUAUUUCCUCUGAUAUACUCCGAGAUGAAAUAUUUAGUUUACUAAACGUAGUUCCAGUUAGAUCAGUAUUGGAAAUGAUAAGAAGCAGUGAAAGGACUUUGUGGAUACACUUCCAUCUUCCUGCUGACGACCAAGCAGGCUCUGCAUUUUUGUAAACUAAUGGGAUUUCAUAAUUACAACAAUGAUCACAUACUAAAGCCUUGCCAGUAAAAAUAAAAGAGUCAGAUGCAGAUGUCAGAGGUCCAUUUUUGUUUACAAUGCAGAAUUGAAUGAUAAGUGCUCUGGUCCUUCAAGGAUCUCCAUGUGAUUCCUCUACAGAUACUGAGAGGCUAAACAAACACUUUAGCUUUGUUUCCAAAUGAACUGUUAAAGACUUGGUUAUAAAUGCCUUCAGUCUAGAAACCAGGUUAACAUGGACCUUUUCUGGACCUACCCUUGAAUAUGAUGAGUUUGAACGUGAAAGAAAACACAAUCAGCUCUCACCUGUGUGAAGACUGAAAACAAAAAAAAAACGAAGGUUUCAAGUGUUGUAAGGCUUAUGCAGGUAUAUGAGAGUACAUGCUCUACUUGGACCUGGAAACAUUAAGUAAUGACUGGAAUGUGGGCUUUUCAAUCCCAUUAAAGUUCUUUAAUGCCAGUAAACAAAAAUCAACAUGCCUGCAGGCUUGUACAAGGGUUUCAAUUCUGUUGAAACGUCAGGUAAAAUGUCACUGUAUUAUACUUACAGUAAGGAACGUGAUUAUUUCUACCAGUCUAUGGUAGGUUAAUGCACCUUUUUGUGAUGGUGAUCUAGAACUGGCCAUUACUAAGACAUUGGGUGCACAAUUCAUUAAACAAUAAGAGAAGCAUCACAACUAUUUAAAAUAGAAAUUAAACUGUUUGGUAAACAGACAUACACAUUGUGUUAAAGGGUCAUUGUGCAGUGUUCUUUGGAGCUUAUUUUACAUUUUUAGCUAAAAUGAUAUGUUGUGUAUGUUGGCUGCCAUGUGACAUUUAUCAGAAUCAGCCAGUGGGAUUUGUAUACAGUACAUAGGUGUCAAUAGUAGGGACCUGAGACCUGAUGCUAUGGGGGAGAAAUAUAUAACAAAAGCCUCUGCCACACCAGUGCAUACAACAUUCAUGCCAUCUGAAAGAAAAACGAAAUGGCAAUUUCAUGCAAGCUUAAAUGUUACACCUUGUCUGAUAUAAAUAAAUAUAUAGCCAUCAUACACAGUAACAACACAUUAUGGCACAUCGCACCAUUAAAGUAUUUUUGAACCACAACAUAUUUGCAUUUUAUAAUGUCCCGUUUACUUAUUUUCUACUAAAUAGAACUGGCAAGACAAUGAGGAAAUUACAAAAAUAAAUAUAUCUCAUUCCCCCGACAGCCAAGAGAAGAAUCUGGAGCUAUACAAAAAGGGUGAUGCUCCAGCUUUCUGAAAUACAACUCUGAACAGCUUCAGACUGAGAAUAAUAGGGGUUGUAGGCAUUGAAAGCACCACUCCACACUCCUAAAGUACUUCAGCUUGCUAAAGU